UUCUUAUUUUUUCAGAUUGUCCCACGUUUCUCAGACCAGAAUGGAGAUUGACGAUCUGGACUUGUACGCGGACUCGACGACUUCGUUGACUGCCGCGACCGCCGCGCCGACCUCGAAGGGCGAUGAGGACGCGCUGUACGACGAUCUGUGGGCGUCGAACGAGUACUCUGAUGCGACUGCAGCCAACGCUCAUGCUGGCAAUGCAAAUGCUGCAAGUGGAGCAGCACCAGGAUCAGGAUCAGGCAUCGUCGGAUCGGCCGCUGGUGCUGGAACGGGCGCUGGGAGCAGUGGCGCGAGCACUGCAGGCACAAGCAGCUCAAUGGCGAGCGCAAUGGACACGACAACGACGAAUUCUGCCGCUGCUGACAAUGGAUUUACUCAUCACGCGCAUGCUGCUGGUGGUGGUGCUGGCGCUGGUGCUGGUGCUGGUGCUGGUGCAAUCCACGCUGGAGGCAAUCGCCCGUCCUCAAUGCCGAGCUUUGCCGCUCAGACGUUCGACAGCACGUUCAACCACACGCAGAUGCUGCGAGCGUCGUUGCCAGCAGGCUCGGGGAAGAAGGGCAGCAUUUACAUUGGUGGCAUGACGUGGUGGACGACAGACAAGGACAUUAUCGAUGCUCUGGCCGCGCUGGGCAUUGUCGAUGUCAUGAGCACGCGCUUUUACGAAGAGCGCUCGAGCGGCAAGUCCCGCGGCGUUGCAUACAUUGAGUUCGCGUCAGAAGAGUCUGCGCGAAGCGCCAUCGAGCGGCUACCGUCCCAUCCCGUGCACGGCAAGAAUCUUGGCACCCAACUAGCGACAGACGGAGGCGCAGGUGGCGCCAACAUGGCACCGCCGUCGGCAACCAGCAACCGCCCUUACGCCCGUGGGUACCAACAAUCGGCAGCAUUCUCAUCGCAUCCCGGAGGUGCGGCUCCUGCAUCAGCCGCACCCGCUGCUGCCCCACUUCCAGUCGCUGCUGCGCCCAAUCCAGCCUCCGUCCCUCCACUGAUUCCAAGCGCCGCAAAUAUGCCCCCUGUGUCUGUGCCACCGCCUGGGCUUCUCGGUCAGACCCCAUCCGCAUCAGGUGCACAGCAGCCUCCCCCAGCUGCCGCUGCCGGCUACCAUCCUUACGGGCCACCUCCUCCAGGCGCACAGCGGCGCGGUGCAGGGCCGCGCCCGGGAAUGCCACCACCACCGCCGCCCGGAAUGUUCCCAGGAAUGCCAUUCCCCCCGCCGUAUUACUUUGCGCCGGGCAUGGAGUACGGCAUGCCAGGCUUUGGCUAUCCGUUUGCCCCUCCUCCGCACGCACUUCCAUCAAAAUCCUCGUCAGGUGAUGACGAAAAGCGACGGGGUCGGAGUCGAAGCCCAGUCGAUCGGCGAAGCCGCAGUCGCAGCCGAAGCCGCAGUAAGAGCCCCGACGCAGCCUCGUCCGAGAAAGAGUCUCGACGAUCUGCGUCGUCCAGCAACAGUGAAGAUCGGCAUCGCGGCCGUAGCAGCGGGCGGGACGACAGCCGAGAUCGCCAUGACCGAGACGGCCGGGAUAACCGAGACAGCCGAGACAGCCGCGACAGCCGAGAGCGCGAUCGAGGCAAAGAGCGCGACAGGGAUCGCGAGUCAUCAUCGUCUUCAUCCUCUUCAAGAAGCAGAAGCGACCGGCGACGCGAAUAGUCAAAACAAACAAAAACCCUCGUUUUUUUUUUUUGUUGUUGUUGUUGUUGUGUCGCAACGUUUGGUGGAAAACUUUUGUUUUUUGUUUGUUUUUUUAGUUAUUCAUUUUUGUUCACCCAA